CGCCGUUUAACGGUCCACGCGACAACCUAGAGAGUCAGAGAGACAAUGGCGGCCUUCGCCAUCACCCAGGCCUUCGCCGGGCUCACCCUCCGCGGCUCUUCCGCCGGGAACGUGGCCACCUCCAAGCCCAUCGCUGCCAAGGCGCAUUUCGGCGGCGUCCGCGCGCUCGGAAAGAGCGCCUUCGCGCAGCGCGCGAAGGCUCAGCGCCUCCAGGUUCGCGCCGAUGCCGAGGCUGAUGAUGCCUCCGAGGCCCCCGCCGCGCCGGAGGCCUCCAUGGACGAGGGUGACGCCCCCCGCCCGCGCGCUCGCGGUCGCGGUCGCGGUCGCGGUCGCGGUCGCGGCAAGCCCGAGGGCGACGGUCUCACCGAGAACGUCGUCCAGGUGCAGCGCGUGACCAAGGUUACCAAAGGUGGCUCCAACAUGUCCUUUCGCGCCACCGUCGUCGUCGGCGACGGCGCCGGCAAGGUCGGCGUGGGCUGCGCCAAGGCUCGCGAGGUCCAGGUGGCGGUCACCAAGGCGGCCGCCGACGCCCGCAAGCAGAUGGUGAGCGUCCCCAUCGCCAAGGGCGCGUCGUUCCCGCACAGGGUCACCGUGAAGGGGUCCGGCGGCGCCGUCGUGAUGCUUCGCCCGGCGGGGCCCGGUACGGGCGUAAUCGCGGGUGGCUCGUGCCGCACCGUCCUCGAGCUCGCGGGGUACAAGAACUGCUUCGCGAAGCAGCUCGGGAGCUCCAACCCGCUCAACAACGCCCGCGCGGUCGUCAAGGGUCUCGCGGAGAUGCGCACUUACAAGCAGGUCGCCGCCGAGAGGGACAUGACCGUGGAGGAACUCUUCGCCGCGUAAAAGAUUGUUUUCCGUUGAAACCCUUAAUGUUAGUUGGGGUGGGAAACUUUAGGUGCGAGCGAAGCGGCGAAGGCGGUGUUUCGGUGAUUUUGGAAGGGUGAAGAGAGAGACGCGUCGAGAGGCGUCUCGACGCGAUGAAUGAGGAAAAAGUUGACAGCAGCUGCGCAGGAGAGCGGAGGCGGCGGCGUGCCCCUCCCGAUUCUUUUAUUAGGGUGUUUUGCCACAAACACGCGAACGACUACUCGGCCGUGCUACUAUCUCUAUAUGUAAUAUAAUGCGGUCGACGGUUACG